GUCCGCAACCGACGCGUAUGUACACAGUUAUUUGUAAAUAUUUUCCUACGUCACGUGCGUUAUAUUAUUAUUGUUAUUAAAGCGAGCGGACGACGACGACGAUAUAUUAUUAUUAUAAUUUGUCGUGUCCGCGAAAUAAUAUGCGAGUUCGUCGGGUUUGUCCUCCCGCGCGGACGCUGUCGCGACAAUAUCCGCACUGUACCGUUUACCCUGCGAACUGUCGGUCAACUGAAAUCGCGGUCGUCAUAUCGAAAACGCGUGGUAUGUUCGGUAUACUGAUCUUGUACUUGUCGACGGCGGCGUUUCUGUUUGGCCACUAUGGUUGUAACGGUCAGACAACUACUGAUGUUGGCUCUCUGACGUCCCAAAUCGGUGGUUACGCGGUAUUCAAAUGUCCGGCAGUACCACAACCACGGUUCGACCACGACGGCGGUCUUCGCCGUCUUGUGGCUGUACGCUGGACAAAAGACGGGCAGACGGUAUUUACGUGUUCAGAGGGUACGUUAACCACCGACGAGCGAUACGACGGACGAACUGCCGUGGUAGAACCCCCCAAUUUUAGUGAUGUUGUCUCCAUUGCUAUUAACGUUUCCAGUCUUCGCGAAUCAGACACAGGUGACUACGAGUGCCAUGUAACUUACAGUGGUGAUGCAGGUCCGCUGCAGCAUUCAUCGUCACAGCCACCUUUACCCACACUAGCAUCACCCCAGUCGAGCACAGAUUCAACGUUGAAUACUGUCGACAACGACAUGGGUGGUACAGCAGGUGUACGGUUCAGGCUUGAUGUUGAAGGUGGAGACGUAUUGAGUAUACCACCGAUCAACCAAACCCGAAUGGAACACGAGUCCGUUCAUUUCAGUUGCGUCAAAGAAGAUCCCGAGUUCGUAGUCCAAUGGUAUAAAGACGGCGUGCCGCUAGACGAUUUACCAUUUUUGAAUGGUAGAUUUCUCGUAACUCCAGAAGGUUCCUUAGACAUCUAUGAUGCAGCAUUAAAUGAUAACGGUUUCUAUUCGUGCCGCAUAGUAUCGGAAAAGGGAACAUUGACUGCCGGUGCUUUUCUCAAUGUUCAGUACAAAGCGAAAGUUGUGUAUUCACCUGCUGAAGUUUUUCUUGCUUACGGGAAGCCUGGUACUUUGGAUUGUCACUUCCAUUCUAACCCGCCACUGACAAAAAUAAGAUGGGAAAAAGACGGGUUUUUGUUUGAUACAUACAACGUGCCCGGAGUUUACCACAGGCUAAACGGGUCUCUUUACUUUGAUCGGGUAGAAAAAGAACACGGUGGCAAAUACACGUGCACGCCAUUCAACGAUUUGGGAACCGAAGGGCCGUCUACGCCAAUGGACGUUAUAGUCCAGCACCCACCGAAACUAAUUGUUGUACCGAAAGUGUUGUAUUUCCGUAAACUCGGCGAUAACAUCACAAUGCCAUGUGAAGCAGAAAAUUUCGACAAUAGAGGUCCGGCAAUUGUUUGGCAAAAGGCAGACGGUAAAAGUUUAUUUUAUCCACGAGUAACAGUCACUGGAGGUAAUCUUACUUUAACUGGCGUGAGGAGUGAAGAUAGAGGCGUCUAUAGAUGUGUGGCGUCCAAUAUCGCAGCUACUAUAUCGGUGGAAACAGAAUUGAUAGUCGAAGAAAACUUAUUUCAUCGUAAACAUUUCGAUUUGCACGUUAAUUCAACUAACAAAAAUAUUGUGGCUUAUUGGAAACGACCCUAUUCAUUCUGCACAGUUUGGAGUAGAGACACGAGCUCAGCGUCGUCAAAUUGGAAUGCAACGGCUUCUUCCAGCGAUGGGAAAGCAAUCCUAUGGAAUUUAAAAACUGGUGGGGAAUACGAGAUAAUGGUAUCGUGUCGGGACGAAAUGAGCGGUGAAUCUAUGUUCAGCAGAUCCAUUCUGACAAGAUCGAAAGUAACCGUCAACCGGUCGACCGAAGAGUUGCACGAAAAGCCUCCGAGUCUUGUCGACGACAACCACCAGUUUGACAUUCGAGUCGAACGUUCUGGUAUUGGUUACAAUGUAUCGUGGACAAUGGAUAAGUCCAGCAUCGAACAUCGCAUUAAGCGGUACGUGGUAAAAUGGUACGACGCGCACGAUGGCUCAGAACUCGGGUCAGCGUCAACCGCAGCCAACAAAAGAUACAUAGUGAUAGAGCUAGCUAGUGGCAAGACCUACGGGAUUCUGGUCACGGCCACCUCAGCGGAUGGCCGACAGAUGUCCGUCGGCAGCCGUUCGUUCCAUUCCCCGGCGGCAGCGUUGGCAGCAACUUCCACAUCAUCGACAGCUUUUACAAAAUACUAUUACAUGGUGCUUUUCGGUCUGCUCAUUGCCGGUUUCGUCGUAUUGUGUUGCAAUUGCUGUGGCGGUAAGGGCAGAUGAUAUUGUAUGAACGACAAACAUUAGGUAUAUCGUAUAUGUAUCCACUGACAAAUAAUAUCCGUGGUAUAAGUAACGCCGAUUUCUACAAAUAUUUAUUACUCAUAUAUCUAAUAUUGUAUAUUAUGUGUUUAUGUGACAAUAUUUAAAAAAAAAAUUAUCACCCCAACCCAAAAACCUACGUUACCCACCCCUGUUAUAAGUAACGCUAUGUUUCCAUAUCGUCGAUAUAUUUUUAUUAUUACGUUUUACAAACCCACACGUCCAUCAGUAUAUUAAUUUACUAUUAAUAAUAUAAGUUAAUAAGUAAUCGACUGCAUGUGAAGUGUUUCAUAUUAUUAUAACGAUAAUUACAGAGUUCGGUAUAACUACCUAUUAUAAUAUAUUGUGCAUACUAAAUAUUUAUCGUCAUUAAUUAUUAUUAUUUAUUACUAUUAUUAUUUAUUAUUGUAAUUAAUACACUAUUGACACGUUUUCUGCUGUGCCUAAUCGAAGUCACAUUAUUAAUAUUAUUGAAGCUUUUUCAAAUUAUCAUAUAUACGUCAUCCACAGCAUAUAUCCACUAUCCAGGAUUUUAGUAUUGUAUUAUAUGAGCCAGCCUAAAUCACGAGAGGCCACCGUGUAUCAUCAUGAACCAAUAAAUAUAAAUAUAUGUAUAAUUAUCUACUUAAUUUCUUUCAUACUUUAAUACGUGACAAAAUGAAUAAUUUUACAUACUUAAAAAAAUUACAUAGAA